AUGGCUGAGAACAAGUACCUGACAAUCGACAAGGAUAGCUUUCCUUAUGUUUUUAUCAAGAAUGUCGACAUACCACUGAAGACAUAUGAGAAGGGUCUUCUUCGAGCAAAUGUCUUUCUGCCCAAAGAUGCGGCUCCCUUUGGAGACAGGACAUACCCUGUCAUUGCCACGUAUGGCCCUUACGGGAAAGAUGUUCGCUAUGAGGUAUUCUAUAAGAAAAGCUGGGAGCAGCUGAACCCUGAUAUGAAGUCCACGCAUGCCGCAUGGGAGACCCCUGAUCCUGCUUAUUGGACGAGCAAGGGUUACAUUGUGGUGAGGGUUGAUGAAAGAGGAGCUGGUCAAAGUCCUGGACUCCUUGAUACUAUGUCUCGAGGUACAAGUGAAGCCUUCUUUGAUGUCAUUGAGUGGGCUGCCGAGCAAGAGUGGUCAUCAGGCAAGGUUGGUCUUCUCGGAAUCAGCUACUAUGCCGGCACUCAAUGGAGAGUUGCUGCGAGAAAGCCGAAGGGCCUGGCUGCUAUUAUCCCAUGGGAAGGUAUGAGUGACUACUACCGGGAUCGAGUAAGACACGGAGGUAUUCUUUCAGACAGGUUCAUUGAUUUCUGGUGGAACAACGGAGUUAGUCCAAAUCAGUACGGCAAGCCUGGCCGCAGCGCCAGAAAAUGGGGCGAGGAUACUCUUGAAGGUGACCUUGACGAAGAGACCUUGCUGAAGAGUCGUCGAGAUCAGACAGUAGACACUGCUGUACACAAGUUCCGCGACGAGGAAUAUUAUCGUACUCGAGACUUUGAUGUGGAGGCCAUUGAGGUUCCGCUGCUUAGCGUAGCUAAUUGGGGGGGCAUCCUGCUUCAUCUUCGAGGAAAUGUCCUCGGUUGGAUUCGUGCGAGCUCUAAGUACAAAUUCCUUCACUUCAUUGUUGGAAGACACGACCUGCCCUUUUAUUACCCGGAGUCGGCUGAGGUACAACUAUCUUUCUUCAACUCUUUUCUGAAGGAUGAUGAUACGGAUGGCUGGAAGUCUGGAAAGCAGCCACGGGUUCGUCUUACUUUGCGUAAGGGUGAGGCUGGCGUUGAUGACCCUGAGCGCGAACGAGGUUUUCCCAGUAGAAAUGAGGCAGAUUGGCCAUUACCUGGGACGAACUACACAAAGUUCUACCUUACCUCUGAAAACGCUUUGAGCACGAAGCCAUCCUCGCCGCUCAGCACAGUCGAAUAUGAUGCGCUGAAUGGCGAGCCCAUCAGGUUUGCAUACAAGACCUCAUCUGCUUUGGAAAUCACUGGUCAUAUCGUCGCCCAUUUAACUGUAGCUGCAACUCGAAAGUCAGCUGACGCCGCUCCCCCAUCAGACAUUGAUCUGUUCAUCACGCUUCGCAAGAUCAAUGCCAAGGGUGAGGAGGUCUUUUACACCGGCACCAUGGGCGACCCUGUACCCAUCGUGAAGGGUUGGCAGCGAGUUUCCUUACGUAAGGUGGAUGAAAGCAACAAGUUGCACAAGGAAUAUCUGCCUUACCGCAACUACUACUCCGUGGACGUUCAGCCAGUUGAGGAAAACCAGAAAUAUGAAGUGGACGUUGAGGUCUGGCCUACAAACGUGGUACUUGAGCCUCAAGAGACAUUGGUGCUGGAGAUUGCUGGUCACGACACUCAGGGUGUAGGAAAGUUCUCCCACGAGCAUCCGGAUGAUCGCGAUCUGAAGGUUUUCGAUGGAAAGAAUAGUAUUACUGUUGUUGUGAAAGUGAAGACUGCCUUGUUUGGCCCUCUGUCCAAGAUACCUGGACCUGUUAUUGGACGGUGGACGAACCUAGUUGUCAAAUACUACACCCUUUGUGGUCGGCGUAUGCAGUACAUAGAUUCUCUCUUUACUCAAUAUGGUCCUGUUGUUCGUAUCAGCCCAACAGACGUUGGAAUCAACGACCCUGAUGCUGUCAAAGUCAUACAAAAGGUAUCCGGUGGCUUCAAGAAGUCUGCUUGGUAUGACAAGACUGGCCCCGGAAUGCUUGGAAUGAGAGAUCGCGAAAAGCACGCUCGCCGCCGUCGGUUACUUGCACACCCGUUGAGCAACUCCUCUCUACCCGUUUUUGAGUCCUUGAUCCGUGCCAAAGUAGACCUGGCAAUGCGUCAGAUGGAGAAUGAGUACCGAAGCUUAGGAUACACUGACUGCCAUAAGUGGUUCAGCUUUAUGGCCACCGAUAUCAUUGGUGAUCUGACAUUUGGAAGCUCGUUCCGAAUGCUUGAGCAAGGCAGAAGAAGUCAAUACGUUGAGGACCUCCAGGCUGUGAUGCCUACAGUCAACAAAAGGAUCGAGCUCUCUCCAUUCUUCGACCUGAUGUUCUUGCUUCCACUGCCUCAGGUCAAGAAAUUCUCAGAGAGGUUUCAGCGAAUUCUUAAAUAUGGGGAAGAAUCGAUUCGCCGUCUACAGCUAGCUCAAGUGACAGGCUCACUCGACACACCAAUAUUCUUCGAGAAGAUCAUGAAUCCAAAGAAUAAAGAAAACGCUUUAACCGACCUUGAGAUGCAACAAGAGGCAGCGGAACUCAUGAUCACAGGAACAGACACCACCUCAAACACACUGACAUAUCUAGUCUGGUCGGUUUUGGAGAAUCCUGGAAUACGGGCACGACUUGAAGAAGAAGUAUCAAUGCUCUCUGCAAACUUCAAAGAUGCUGACCUUGUCAAACUUCCGUACUUGAACGCGGUGGUAAAGGAAUCUUUGAGGCUGUAUGGAGCUGCAUCUGGGGCGCAUCAAAGGGACGUUCCAAACGGCGGCUGGGAAACUUGUGGCUACAUGAUCCCGGACACCGCGACCGUUUCCACGCAAGCAUUUUCCUUGCACCGACUUCCUCAAGUGUUUUCAAACCCCUACAAGUUUGACCCGGAGCGCUGGCUCAGCCCAACUGCUGAAAUGCAAGAUGCAUAUAUUCCUUUUGGAGGGGGGCCUCGAAUAUGCCUCGGCAUUCACCUCGCUUAUAUGGAACUUCGAGUCACUACAGCGGUUUUGUUUCGCAAGUUUCGAGGAGCCCAGGUUCACGCAUCUAUGACUCAAGACGACAUGGAGUUGGAAAACUACACCUUGAUCGCCCCAAAGUCUCACAAGUGUCUGAUUACCCUGUGA